GGUGAUAAAAGAUAGGGAAAGUUGCCUUUUUUUGGUGUUUUUUAGCUACUUAGAUUUAAGGAGAGGCAAAGAAAGAAGAAGAAACCAAAAGAAAAAUAAAAGAAUUGUUUGUGUGGCUAUCCGAGUUGGACUCUCGUUGUUCCACCUCACACACAGGUACAUCUAGCUUUUAAAUAAAUACUUGAUCUUCUGAAGUAAUCAAACAAACGCUGACACUUGACUAUUGAUUCGACACCUAAUGGGAGCUGGGGAAGAGAGCACCCCUGCAAAACCUUCGAAAGUUACUGCAACUCAGGAAACACAAGCUACACCUUCAUAUCCUGAUUGGUCCUCUAUGCAGGCAUAUUAUGGUGCUGGACCUACACCUCCCUUCUUUCCCUCAACUGUUGCUUCUCCCACUCCCCACCCAUACAUGUGGGGAGGCCAGCAUCCGCUUAUGCCUCCUUAUGGAGCCCCAGUCCCAUAUCCUGCUUUAUAUCCUCCUGCUGGAGUUUAUGCUCAUCCUAAUAUGCCUAUGACUCCAAACACACUGCAGGCAAAUCCAGAAUCAGCUAGUAAGGCACCAGAUGGUAAGGACCAGAAUACAAGCAAAAAAUUGAAGGGAUGUUCAGGUGGCAAGGCAGGAGAAAUUGGGAAAGCGGCUUCAGGUUCUGGAAAUGAUGGUGGUGCCACAAGAAGUGCUGAAAGCGGAAGUGAAGGUUCAUCAGACGAAAAUGAUGAAAAUGAUAACCAUGAAUUUUCUGCAGACAAGAAUAGAAGCUUUGAUCUAAUGCUUGCUAAUGGAGCCAAUGCUCAGACCAAUCCUGCAACAGGGAAUCCAGUCGCUAUGCCCGCAACUAAUCUGAAUAUUGGGAUGGAUUUGUGGAACGCACCGCCUGGUGGUCCCGGAAUGAUCAAAAUGCGAUCAAAUCAAUCUGGUGUCUCGCCAGCUCCUGGGAUGGGACGUGAAUGGAUUCAGGAUGAACGUGAACUUAAAAGGCAAAAGAGAAAGCAGUCUAAUAGAGAAUCAGCUAGGAGGUCAAGAUUGCGCAAGCAGGCUGAGUGUGAAGAGCUACAACUUAAGGUAGAGACAUUGAGCAAUGAGAAUCAUGGACUCAAAGAGGAGUUGCGAAAGGUCUCUGAGGAAUGUGAGAAGCUUACCUCGGAGAAUAAUUCAAUAAAGGAUGAGUUGACGAGGUUGUAUGGGCCAGAGGAUGUGUCCAAGCUAGAGAGUAAUGCCAACGCCAUGCGUCUUCAGUCCAAUGUUGAGGAAGCUAAGAGUUGAGGACAAGCCAUGACAGAGUAGCUUAUUUUGGUUUAAAUGCUCACAAAUCUCUUACUGCCCGUGAGAAAUCUAUAGCUUUUACCGUGCGUUAGAAGUAGAAAUCUCUGUUUUUCUACUAAUUUAUGCCCUUUUUAACCCUUUUGAGUGAAAUUUAUAACAUUAAUUCUUGGAUUUUUAACCCAGGGUUGAAUCUGAAUCUAUGACAACAUUGUAAAAGUAACUGAAUAACUUGAUCUU